GAGGAUUGGGAGGAGCUCGACCUACUCUGCUAACCCAGUGGCCUGAGCCAAUCACAGAGAGGAUUGGGGCAUUCCCGGAACCCCCCUGCCCCUGCCCUCCCUCUGACAGCCUCCUGGAAAGAGGGGCAUUGGUGAGAUGGUGUGUUUACAAUUCAAAUCAUUGGUUUUUUGCCUGAUCUCCUUCCAAAUAAGAAGGCAGGAGCUGCUGUUGAGGUGCAAAGGGUCUUCUGGACGGUUGUGGCUCUAAGACCAGAAGAUCUUCAUUCUUGUCUCCAAAGUGGGGAAAAGGCAAGGAUGGUGGAGGCUUUCUGUGCUACCUGGAAGCUGACGGACAGUCAGAACUUUGAUGAGUACAUGAAGGCUCUAGGUGUGGGCUUUGCCACCAGGCAGGUGGGAAAUGUGACCAAACCAACAGUGAUCAUCAGUCAGGAAGGGGACAAAGUGGUGAUCAGGACUCAAAGCACAUUCAAGAACACAGAGAUUAAUUUCCAUCUGGGAGAAGAGUUUGAUGAAACCACUGUGGAUGACAGAAACUGUAAGUCUGUUGUUAGCCUGGAUGGAGACAAACUUGUUCAUGUACAGAAAUGGGAUGGCAAAGAAACAAAUUUUGUAAGAGAAAUUAAGGAUGGCAAAAUGGUUAUGACUCUUACUUUUGGUGAUGUGGUUGCUGUUCGUCACUAUGAGAAAGCAUAGAAAACUUCAUGAUAUGGGAAUGGAGAGUUCUUCCUGUUAACUCAAGUAUCAGCUCUAACUUGCUGUUAUAGCACAGCUAAUCACUAAUUAGAAGAUUAUCCUCAGUGCAGAGAUAGAAAAUAGUGAUUUAAAAACUUGUUACUCCAAGUAACUAGCCCAAUUUUAAUUUGCAAAAUUAUCAUUUUGUAUUUCAUAUUAAAAAUUUGUCACUUUUUUUUAUAAAGAACUGAAUACAUUGUAUAAUAUUUUUGGAAUGCGAAUCAAAUUGGAAUAAAAAUCUUACACG